AGCGGCGGCCCUGGGACAAACGGCAUGGCUGAGCCCCUAAAGGAGGAAGACGGCGACGACGGCUCUGGGGAGCCUCCCGGGGCAGUGAAAGCAGAACCUGUCCACACUGCUGCCUCUGUAGCAGCCAAGAACUUGGCCCUGCUUAAAGCCCGCUCCUUCGAUGUGACCUUUGACGUGGGUGACGAGUACGAGAUCAUUGAGACCAUAGGCAAUGGAGCCUACGGGGUGGUGUCCUCUGCUCGCCGCCGCCUCACCGGCCAGCAGGUGGCCAUCAAGAAGAUCCCUAAUGCUUUUGAUGUGGUGACCAAUGCCAAGCGGACCCUCAGGGAGCUGAAGAUCCUUAAACACUUCAAGCAUGACAACAUCAUUGCCAUAAAGGACAUCCUGAGGCCCACCGUGCCCUAUGGCGAAUUCAAAUCUGUCUAUGUGGUCCUGGACCUAAUGGAGAGUGACCUGCACCAGAUCAUCCACUCCUCACAGCCACUCACACUGGAGCAUGUCCGCUAUUUCCUAUACCAGUUGCUACGGGGCCUUAAGUACAUGCAUUCAGCUCAGGUUAUCCACCGUGAUCUCAAGCCCUCCAACCUAUUGGUGAAUGAGAACUGCGAGCUCAAGAUUGGUGAUUUUGGUAUGGCCCGUGGUCUGUGCACCUCACCUGCUGAACAUCAGUACUUCAUGACGGAGUAUGUGGCUACGCGCUGGUACCGUGCCCCUGAGCUUAUGCUCUCGCUUCAUGAGUACACACAGGCUAUCGACCUCUGGUCUGUGGGCUGCAUCUUUGGUGAGAUGCUGGCCCGACGCCAGCUUUUCCCAGGCAAAAACUAUGUACACCAGCUACAGCUUAUCAUGAUGGUACUGGGUACCCCAUCACCAGCUGUGAUUCAGGCUGUGGGGGCUGAGAGGGUACGGGCCUAUAUCCAGAGCUUACCACCACGCCAGCCUGUUCCCUGGGAGACAGUGUACCCAGACGCCGACCGCCAGGCCCUCUCAUUGCUGGGCCGCAUGCUGCGUUUUGAGCCUAGUGCCCGCAUCUCAGCAGCUGCUGCACUUCGCCACCCCUUCCUGGCCAAGUACCAUGACCCUGAUGAUGAACCUGACUGUGCCCCACCCUUUGACUUUGCCUUUGACCGGGAAGCCCUCACCCGAGAGCGCAUUAAGGAGGCCAUUGUGGCUGAGAUCGAGGACUUUCAUGCACGCCGUGAGGGCAUUCGCCAACAGAUCCGUUUCCAGCCUUCCCUGCAGCCUGUGGCUAGUGAGGCUGGCUGUCCAGAUGUGGAGAUGCCCAGUCCUGUGGCUCCCAGUGCAGACUGUGCCAUGGAGUCCCCCCCACCAGCCCCACCGCCAUGCCCUGGCCUGGCAACUGAUGCCAUUGAUCUGACCCUACAGCCACCCCCACUGGCCAGUGAGCCUGCCCCACCAAAGAGAGAGGGUGCCAUCUCAGAUAACACGAAGGCGGCUCUCAAAGCGGCCCUGCUCAAGUCCUUGCGGAGCCGCCUGAGAGAUGGCCCUAGUGCACCCCUAGAGGCGCCUGAGCCUCGGAAGCCUGUGACAGCCCAGGAGCGCCAACGAGAGCGGGAGGAGAAGCGUCGGCGUCGGCAGGAGCGUGCUAAGGAGCGGGAGAAGCGGCGGCAGGAGCGGGAGCGCAAAGAGCGGGGGGCUGGGGCCCCUGGGGGCCCCUCCACUGACCCCCUGGCCGGACUGGUGCUUAGUGACAACGACCGCAGCCUCCUAGAGCGCUGGACUCGCAUGGCCCAGCCCCCUGCCCCUGCCCCUGCCCCUGUCCCAGCACCAACGCCACCCCUGCGCCAGCCCACCAGUCCUCCACCUGGCUCUGUAGCCAAGCCCGUUGGCCCCCCACCACAACCUGCAGACUCCACCUCUGGCCCUGCACCCGAGCCUGCCUGCCCACCCCCAGGCCCGCCAUCCCAUGCUACUGGCCCUUCAGGGGCCAUGCCUGUUCCUGCUCCACUCCAGACUGCCACCACCACCAGCCUCCUGGCUCCCCAGCCGCUUGUGCCACCCCCUGGGUUGCCUGGUUCCAGUGCCCCAGGAAUUCUGCCUUACUUCCCAUCUGGCCCACCACCUCCAGACCCCAGGGGAGCCCCUCAGCCUUCCACAUCAGAGUCACCUGAUGUUAACCUGGUGACCCAGCAGCUGUCCAAAUCGCAGGUGGAAGAUCCCCUACCCCCUGUGUUCUCAGGCACGCCAAAGGGCAGUGGGGCUGGCUAUGGUGUUGGCUUUGACCUGGAGGAAUUCUUAAACCAGUCUUUCGACAUGGGCGUGGCUGAUGGGCCGCAGGAUGGCCAGGCGGACUCAGCCUCACUCUCAGCCUCUCUGCUUGCUGACUGGCUCGAGGGCCAUGGCAUGAACCCUGCCGAUAUUGAAUCCCUUCAGCGUGAGAUCCAGAUGGACUCCCCCAUGCUGCUGGCUGACCUGCCUGACCUCCAGGAGCCCUGAGGCCCACAGCCUGUGCCUUGCUGCCAGGGCAGACCAAGUUCCAGGGCCCAUGGGAACAUUCUUGGGGACUGCAGCCUUGGGCCCUGCAGGUGAGGCUCGGCUUGGAUUAUUCUGCAGGUUCAUCUCAGACCCACCCUUCAGCCUUAAGCAGCUACCUGAGCCACCCCCGAGCCAUGAAAAGAUUUGGAGACCCUGACUCCCUUUGGGUGAUUCUUUUCAGUAUUGUGUUUUUAUUAUUAUUAUUAUGUUAUUAUUACAGUCUUUUUGUCAUGAAAAUGAGGCUGUGAAACAUAAGGUUCCUUUCAGCCCCUGA